GUAUCAUCACCUGGUUCCUUUUCCGUCUCUGUUGGUGCCUCUGGUGAACUACAUGGAUUCACAGUGCAGCUGCUGGAGAGCAGUCGAUGUCGACUACGGGCACGUAGUAUUACAUUGGGUCAAGCCACGGUAGUGAUUCUUCGCGUUGGUGAACUGGAUGAUAUGUUAGAACGCAUGAAUGAUGUACGGUAUAGUUCUACUAAUGCUGCUAAUAAUAACAAUAAUAACACUGCAGGGGCAACAACUGCAUCUACUACUAGCGCUAGUGGUAGUGGUACAUCACAAAUGACACCUUCACCAUUUUCACCUCGUCAACACGAACUCAUCUACCGUUACGCUACGGAAGAAAAUAACGAUGAUACUACUACUACUACUACUGCCUCUCAUAUGGAUAUGCAUACAUCUCAUGCGAAGGAGACGAAUACACUUUUUGUAGUGGUGGGAAGUGAUGAUGGAUACAGUGAGACUACACUUCUGCGAAUUGCGGCAUUAGUGAGUGAAUUAUGUCUUUUCCUCAAUAUAGACCCAGAGCGUGGUGGACCAAAUGCACCACUACUAAGACAAUUAUUACUCUAUAUAGAAUCAAGACUUGCUCAAUAUGAUAUAUCUUUGCUAUGUCAGACGAUUGAAUGGCUUUUGCAUCCUGCUAUCAUUGCUACUGGUUUUACAAGUAGUAACAGUACAACUUUACUGGAUGAAUUAGCACAGCAAUCCUAUUUGCAAGAUGCAGAUGUAAGUCAAGUGCCAAACUAUAUUGCCGUUUUAUUUGGGCAUAAACUUGUCUUGGAAACAACACCAAAUUGGAAUGAAGAGGCAGCUAAAGUUUCUUCUCUGGAUCGAUUACCCUUACAUGAUUCUGAUCGUUAUUUGGCCUAUUUUAUAACCUGUGCCUUUUUCUCUGUUCCAAUUCAGCGUAAUUGCUACGAGGUCUCCUAUCGAGAACGACAAUUAUGUACACUGGAACAACAACUAAGGCGUUUUGGAAUUCACCGUUAUAAUGUGAAUCGUCUUGCUGCACAAGAGGCCAUUAAGAAGUAUACAAUAGCAUUACGGCAAGAGGGAGUUGGUGAAUAUAAUCGGGCAAGUUUUUUUGAACAGGCCUAUAAAGAGUUAGUAACACUAAUGUCAAGUCAAUCAUCCAAAAAUAAUUCGGAUGAGACAUCAAGAAUAGUUCAGAAUGAAUAUCAUCACAUGGACUUGGACAUUUCUUCUGUUGAAGGAAAAACAUUUCAAAUAGAUAAUGUCUGUUUUCGUAACUCCAACGUUGUUGGGGCUAUGCAGUUGCGUUGGAUUACUGCUACGGGGUCUCACAUGCGGCAAAGCGUCGAUCAUGCAGAUGACAGUUAUUAUAUUAGGAAUGUUUGUCCAUUUGGAUAUGGGAUGUGUCUUCUCUUUCUUCCACCACGAAAUGUACGUGAUAUUCCUCGCAGCCGAUGGCUUCCGAAAGUAUCAGAGAUACAAGAAGGAGGAGAUGAAAGAGCUUUACGGCAACUCUCACAGGAUGUUCUUGGAAGUAUGGAAAUAAGUUUUAAUCGUUUUCAAUGGUUGUUUUCUCCACCAGUGGAGGCGUAUGAAAUACCUGGAUUAAUGCACUUUGUGGCUAUUGAUCGUCGAAAUAACGGUGGUGUUGUCGCUAGUUUUCAUCACAUGCGGCAUCAAAAACCCCAAAAUGUUCAGAAUGCAGUGUCAUCACUGAAACGACUUAUUGCGAUGAAUAUAAGUCGUUCUCAUACCUUUCUACACAGUGGGUAUUCAGAGGGUCUUUGGGGUCAUUUUGGUAUGCAAUUCUUUUACUGUAUAUCUGCUAUAGAUGGAUCAGCAAUAACAACAACAACAACAGCUUCUUCUCCAGCAGUAAACACAACUUCAACUGAACGUACAAUGCGGAAGAAACCUAUUUUUAUGUUUCGUUCUGAUGUAUCCCAACAGACGAAAGGGGCCACAACGGAAGUUGAAACACCACAACCGUCACUAUAUGAAGAUUCAGGGACUACAGAAACGCCCAGAACAGGAACUUCAGACUCUCUGUUUGGAUCUCUUGAUGCUGAACGUAAACUACCAUCAGCUAUUUUACCACAUUUGGUGUUACGUCCAAUGUUGAUAUCUGAUUUUAUGUCGGAUGAGCCUGUUAGUUUUCGUGUGUUAGAGGUGUAUGCUGUAUUUGUGGGGACCAUGUCACCUGCUGAAGUCUGCAGGGAAGUGGAGAAAUUGUUGCGUAGCCGCGUUUUACCAUUCUGGGGUACUAAUUAA